AUGGUGGACUUGGGCGGCCGCCGCGUGCAGAAGAACCACCGAGACCACCUGCGAGUUGCGGCGACCCCCGGGGAACCACUCCCGGCCGACCCCGAACAUGGGGACACGGCAGACGGACCAGACAUCCCCCUUGAUGCACUCCCUCCUGGAGGACUGGAGCAACAGCGAGAGGAAGCCGAGGACACCGCUCCAGACGAACCCGAGCACAUCACCGACGGGGAACUGGACGCGUACGCACCCCAAGACCCCGGCGAGGCACCCUGUCCCGCAGAAACCGCGCCACGAGGGGAGGCCCCCGAGAGCGAGCCGCCCCCGCUGCAUGAGGAACCUACGGAGACUCACACCACGUCGCGCCGGCGGAGAAGGGGCCGGCCCCGCCACGCCAGGUGCCGGGUGACAGAAGACGCGGGUGACGACUCCGACGACCCCGCCGGAGCGACCCCUGACCCCGAACCCAUCAUAUCCGACCCAGACGAGGACGAAGAGGAAUCGCCCCCGAGCCCGACCAGAGGUGGUUGGGGGGGCUGGACGUCCCCGUCGGACACGACGCUGAUCAGCGAGGCUGCGGGAGUUCGUCCUGACCACCACCCCGGGGCGGAGCUCACCCAGCCCGGCGCUGAUACCCGAGCGGGAACGCCAGACCUACGGACGGCAAGGCCCGACGAGCCCCGCGGAGAGUAG